GCCUCAUCACCUCUCAUUUUCUUCUUGAUCUUUGUAUUUUGCCACUUUUAUGUUGCACCUUCCUACAGGUCUAACCAUCUCCUUUUGUAUCUGUUUCUUUCAGAUUCCUUGGCGUUGCAGGAGUCUGGCGACCGGGCCCAUUGGUGCGUGGUGGCAUACUGGGAGGAGAAGACACGUGUUGGGCGCCUCUACUCAGUCCAGGAGCCCUCCCUGGACAUCUUCUAUGAUCUACCUCAGGGGAACGGCUUCUGCCUGGGCCAGCUCUGCUCCGACAACAAGUCCCAGCUGGUGCAAAUGGUGCGGGCCAAGAUCGGCUAUGGCAUCCAGCUGACGCGUGAACCGGACGGGGUGUGGGUCUACAACCGCAGCUGCUACCCCAUCUUCAUUAAGUCGGCCACACUGGACAACCCGGACUCGCGCACGCUGCUGGUGCACAAGGUGUUCCCCGGUUUCUCCAUCAAAGCUUUCGACCACGACAAAGCCGGCAGCCUACAGAGGCCCAACGACCACGAGUUCACGCAGCAGCCUCGCACGGGCUUCACGGUGCAGAUAAGCUUUGUGAAAGGCUGGGGACAGUGCUACACCAGACAGUUCAUCAGUAGCUGCCCGUGUUGGUUGGAAGUCAUCUUCAACACCCGAUAGCAGCAGCUUUCCUCUUCUUCACCCUCCUUGCCCCCUUACAAACAGACUACGCCCAUGUUUUCCUUUUUUUGUUCCAGAGGUUCAAAUAGAGAGAAAAAAAAGUUUUAAAAGAAGAAGAAAGUAUACAACUCUGACGGACUUUGUUUAAUAAAUGACUAAGAUUUAAUUAAAAUAAGAAGCGAAAAAUGUAU